CAUUCCUUGUCAGUGACUCAGUGAUUAUAGGAGGAGUAAAGAUGGCGGACAGCGGUAGAACAGACCCCGUUAAUAAUAACAAUAAUAAAAAUACCGCCUCAGAGGAGAAUAUUAUCAGGGUCACGGUCAAAACCCCUAAAGAUAAGGAGGAGAUUGCGAUCCAGGAGGACGCCUCGGUUACUCAGUUUAAAGAGGAGAUCUCGCGGAGGUUCAAAGCCAAGCAGGACCAGCUGGUGUUGAUCUUCGCUGGGAAAAUCCUGAAAGACGGGGACACUCUGAAUCAGCACGGCAUCAAGGAUGGCUUGACUGUCCACCUGGUCAUCAAGACUGCGCAGAAGACUGCAGAUGGCUCCUCCUCGCAGCCCUCCACCUCCUCCAGCUCCUCUGCCCCCCAGGUGAGCAGCAGCAGCAGCCCCAGCCCUGCCAGCCCUAACCCAGCCUCCAGCACCACAGCCAGCUCCACCAGCGCCGGGGGCCCUGAGGCCGGGACCGGACCCGCACAGCCUCCCUCCAUACUAACUGGUUUCGGGGACCUGGCUAGUCUGGGCAGCCUGGGCAUGGGCUCUGCUAACUUCAUGGAGCUGCAGCAACAGAUGCAGCGUCAGCUCAUGUCUAGUCCGGAGAUGCUGUCCCAGAUCAUGGAGAACCCGCUGGUGCAGAACAUGAUGUCCAACCCAGACCUCAUGCGCCAGAUGAUCGUCGCCAACCCCCAGAUGCAGCAACUGAUGGAGCGCAACCCCGAAAUCAGCCACAUGCUCAACAACCCUGAGCUCAUGAGGCAGACGAUGGAGUUGGCGCGGAACCCAGCGAUGAUGCAGGAGAUGAUGAGGAACCAGGACAGAGCGCUCAGUAACCUGGAGAGCAUCCCGGGGGGCUACAACGCGCUGCGCAGGAUGUACACAGACAUACAGGAGCCCAUGUUCAGCGCGGCCCGGGAACAGUUCGGUAACAACCCCUUCUCUGCACUGGGAGGGAACGCGGAAGGAUCAGGAGUCCAGCCACAGCGGACAGAGAACAGGGAGCCCCUCCCCAACCCCUGGGGUCCCCCCGGCACUGCGGCCCCCACAUCGAGCACAGAGGGAGAGGGGGGCACCACCCCGACACCCCAGAGCGGGACCACCCCCAGCAUCUCCAACCCCCUGGGCAUCAAUGCAUCCAGCCUGGGCAACGGCAUGUUUAACAGCCCCGGCAUGCAGAGCCUGAUGCAGCAGAUCUCAGACAGCCCUCAGCUCAUGCAGAACAUGCUGUCCGCUCCCUACAUGCGCAGCAUGAUGCAGUCCCUGGCACAGAACCCUGACUUCGCAGCGCAGGUGAUGGUGAAUAACCCCCUGUUUGCUGGCAAUCCACAGCUUCAGGAGCAGUUCAGACACCAGCUCCCGGUCUUUCUUCAGCAGAUGCAGAAUCCUGAGGCUCUCUCCGUGAUGACAAACCCCCGGGCCAUGCAGGCUCUGCUCCAGAUCCAGCAGGGGCUCCAGACACUGCAGACUGAGGCACCGGGGCUCAUGCCAAGCCUCACCCCCGGAGGUUUGCCGACGGUCCCCCUGCCCACAGGUGGCAGUGUGGCCCCCGAGAGUCCGGUCUCCUCGGGGACGGGCCCCACCACGGGCCCCUCUCCACCCGGCGGCCCCCCCAGCUCCCAGCAGCAACUCAUGCAGCAGAUGCUGCAGAUGUUCGCAGGAGGCAGCGGUGCAGCGACCCAGACCCCAGAGGUGCGGUUUCAGCAGCAGCUGGAGCAGCUCAGUGCCAUGGGCUUCAUCAACCGGGAAGCCAACCUGCAAGCCCUCAUUGCCACCGGGGGAGACAUCAACGCUGCUAUAGAGAGACUGCUGGGCUCCCAGCCUUCGUAAACCCACAGGAACCUGGGAACGGGGGGGCCGGGGGGGGGUGGGGGGGUCAAUAGGAAACCGUACAAUAUUAAUAAUAAAUAACAAUAACGCAGUGCGCUCAUUCACUUUGGAAACAGCAGAUUGGUAUCAGUAAUCGUCAGCCGGCUGUGCGCUUGAGUGGUGGUAAUGACGCUCAGAUUUAUUUUGUUCUAAGCCAAUCAGUAAGUGAAAUAGCAAUGUUUUAUUUUUCUCUUGAGACGCCCCCUGAACCCCCUGAAGUUGCUUUAGGUUCCCGCUGCCUUGUUCUGUGCACGUCUCGUCCACAUGGUGGUGAUUUUUCUUCUAAGGAGCCUUUUAUUUUUAACAUUUCCCCAACUACCAACCUCGCUGCAGUGUCUUUUGAAACAGUUGAUCCUUUUCACUGCAUUGCUGUGCUUGUCUGGGUAGGCCUGAAUUAAGUCAAAGUUGGCUACACUUUUUUUUAUAAUGGCUAUUGUGCUGUCAUAAUAUUGAUACAAUCCAGGCUUUAGUUGGAGCUGUUGUGUCUCAGUCCAUUCCCAAUUCAACCCUGGCCUUCUAAUCAGUUUAGCAGAGCCUAGUUCAACCAGCUCUCUAACUUUUCAGUUGAACCUCUGUGUUUCAUCAGGGUAAGGAUUGGAAUGGACUGAAGGAGAUGUACCAAUGUGAUGUUUAAAAUGCUCAGUACAGACAGUCGGGUGAAAAAUUGUUAAUGUCCCAGUUUAUGAACCAGGAGAUGUGAAAUCAAAUCAUGCUCAAUUCUAUGUAAAAAUACAUUGUAGCUAAACUGCCAACACCUUCAGACAUUGAGUUCCAGCUUUGCAUCGGUGUGAAUCCAGGCUGGCUCCCCCACUCCCUGGGUCUAACCCUAACCCUUGCUCUUUUUAGUUUUAAUGACAGUACAGAGACAUCUCAGACUAGCUCCUCACUUGCAGAAUAAUCUCAGUCAUUGCUUGUGUUGUGGAUGAGAUGAGUGGACUUGGCCCUUCACUAGCUGCUAUAGACCACCAGGGGGCCCUAGUUGGUUAGAGUAUACUGACAUCAGAGGGAACAGACUGAGUUUGAACACCAUGCUUGUAAAUACAGUUAUAUUAUAGUAUAAGCUUAGUGACUUUGCUGUUGGAAGUUUUGCACCUUGCUGAUCCUGCUGUGCUGUAUAAAAAAAACCUCUUAAAUUGUACAACUUUUUGUAAAGCAUAAUUAUUUUUUUGCUUCAUAAAUUCAGUCUGUUCACUUUUCUGCAUCAACAUUAUUCACUAAUAAUAGACCUAGUGCUUGUAUAGAUUGGGAUUUUAACACUUGUAUUUACCCAGUGUGAAAGUUUUCGAUCCAAACGUAACCCAAAGCACCAUUGCGUGAUGCAAUGCAUAAAAACCCUCUGAUGUUCAUUGUAUAUCGAUAGCCCAUUCAACAAAACUCCUGCCCUCUGGUGCCUGACUUAGGACAGUGAAACAGAAGAUGUUCCUCACGUCUAGCUCUUUUUAAAAUGUUUUCAUUUCUUACUGCUACGUGCUUGUUCUGUCUGUUUUACUGUCAUUUUAAAGUGAUGCUGCUUUAGGGAUGUACCAUUAGUCAGGGAUGUCCAGCGCUGGCUCUUCCACUCCUGGUCUUUGUUCCAACGCUGUUCUGACUUGUUUAACUGAACCAAUUACACCUCCAUCCAGACCUUAAAGUUGUUCAUUAUAUCAUUUUACCAGUUAAACCUGGAGUGGAACGGCCCUCCAGGACAGGGAUGGGACACCCCUGAUUUAUGCGAGUUCCUCUACUUCAGAAACCCAGGCUGGUGCCAAAUCAGUCAGCUCAGUCUAAGCAUCUGCAUCAACAGGCAUUUUGUAUUAGACUGCUGAGCUAUACUUGUGCAGGCAGUAUAUUAUAAACCCAUGAUAGUGACCAACAUGGUCAGGACUUUAGUUAAUGGUUAAGUCUCAGUUUUGGACAGGGCAAUAUACCCUUCAUUCACUCCACAGAAACAAACCUUUUCCUGUUACUAUAGAACAUUAGCUUUUGUAUUCAUAUACUUGCCCAAAGCAGUUAUUCUUUGACAAAUAAUAAAACAGACCAAACAAGCACAAUUUUAAGAGUGAAAAUGGCUUGCAAAAUGUAACUGAUUUGGAGUCUUGAGCAGCCUGAUGUAUUUCUCAUCCCAGGCUACCUCUGGAACUGGCAUUUGCAUUUCCAACCUGAUAUUUUAACAUAACCCUGUAACUUUAAUCACUCAGUCAUAUGAUAUACAAGUUGUGCUAAAAGACAUUAAAACAGACACGUUAGUAACCUUCUCUUUGUUUUUUGUUUUUUAGUGCACUUGGUUGUAGAAUAAACAUGUAUUUCAUGUUACAUUUGACAUCUUUGAAAAUGUUGCUCUAAAACUACCUUUUUGCUCUUUAGUACUACUUUAAAACAGCAGUAAGUUAUUUAAAAAAUAAAUAUUAUUUAUUACAUUUAGAUCAUUUAAAUAUUGCCAAGGUAUGCCAGAACAGCUUCUUCCAAAUUGGGGGGAGGGGGAGGAAAUCAAAUGUUUAACCAUUUGCUGCUAUUCUUGAUUGUUUAGACACACACACACACACACACACACCCUUACCUACCUUUGCAUCCAUUCCAUACAAUCAUUCAAAAUGUCUGUCUAGCCUAUAUAAAAACCCAACCAGCUUUCUGUGUUCCGGGAUCUCCAGUUUCACACAUUGGGCUUUCAAGUGUUAAAACUCUUUUGUCUUAGUAAAAUCGGUCUGGGGUAUGACCAAAUAAUGUGGGUUAAAAAAUGUAGUCAUUUCUUGCAGACCAUUUGGAAUACAGCUGGGACAAAAUAAUUCCCCCGAAAUGAGCGUGCAGUUGAUUGCUGCGUCGCUAUUCUAGGUGAAAGCAAGUCGGUUACUAUGAAGACUUACCAUCGCCAUACUGCUUUCCAUUGGUUUUUUUCCCCCUUCGAUUAUUUUUAAAUAAAUAAAGUUUUAAGCAAUA